CCCAAAAGACGCCCUCGCCCUCACGCGCUAGACCAUUCAAAAACUCGCCAACUCCACGCCGCGCCGUCUUCGCCUCUACAUCCUGCCAGCCUCCUCUUCCUGUUAUCCUCUUAAUAAACCAACCAGCCCUCUCUCUCUCCCUCGCAACCUCGAGGUUCUUCGCCGCCCUCGUCCUCCUUUCCAAUCCCUCUCAAUCAAACUCCAUCAGCUCCCGUCGCAAACCGCCAAAAUGGUCAGCCCUCAGAUCACCAACCUGAUCAUCAUGCUAGGCAUGGUGCAGGUCUCCCGCAAGGUCCCCUUCGAAGACCCCAAUGUCCUGAACAUGUGCCGCGCCGGUUACAUUGCCAGCAACAUCAUCAUCGCCAUCAUCUACCUUUACGUCCAGGCCCAGAUCAACAAGAAGAAGGACCUCACCACCCUCAAGUACGUCGAGCCCCCAGCGAUGGGCUCCGCCGAGGAGGGCAAGCUCGUCACCACCACCAUCCACGCCUACGACACCACUCAGCUCCGCCAGGCCUUCCGUUCCCAGGCCAUGGGUAUCGCCAUGAUGGCAUUCAUGCACAUCUACAUGAAGUACACCAACCCCCUCCUGAUCCAGUCCAUCAUCCCCCUCAAGAGCGCCCUUGAGAGCAACCUCGUCAAGAUCCACGUCUUUGGCCAACCCGCCGCCGGUGACCUCAAGCGCCCCUUCAAGGCUCCCGCCAGCUUCAUGCAGGGUCUCCAGAGCGGCCCCGCCGCCAGCGACAAGAAGGCCAUUGAGACUGCCGAGCGUGCCGGCCGCGGUGGUGCCAAGGAGGAGUAAAUGUCUGCUCGCUAUCGUCGCCCGUCGUAGUUGGUAUUUGGGGGAAACCGGACAGUCGGACAGUGAACAAAAUAUAAAAUCAAAAAGGAGGGCAUCAUUGGUUAUACAGGAGAUGUUUUCGGUUGCAAUCAAGGGGCGGUGAUAUCUUCCCGUACCUACCUGGAGGCAAUAAGAGGAUACGCUGGCACGAAUGGAAAGUAGAUUUCCAACACCAUGCGAUCCUCUCGAAAUUGGAGUGGCAAACUCGUCGCGUAGAUGCUUAGUCUCGUCAAGAUACAGUUCAGUAAUCCGCACUCUGUUCGUUUUCACACCAUUUCCACCAUGACAACUUCUCCUUAAUCCGACAUCAAACCCCAUAGUAUCUCUAUUUUAGCUCCAUUUCGUACGAGUCUGACAGCUCCGGCUCCGCCACUUCCGCCUCCAGUCC